GACUAACAUAGAUCGCGUUAUUUUAGUAGGCCUUGAUGUCAGCUAUUACCUUAUAAAGUAUGUCUUAAUAUUUAUGGAACAAUUUUUUUAUAUAAAGUAUGUCUUAAUAUUUAUGGGACAAGUUUACAUCCACUCCACCUUUGACCUGUUACCUAUGACACAGACGACAAAUGAAGAUACAAUACAUGUCAAUACAUGUAUUCUGUGAAUUUCUGUGACACUCUGUGAUUAAUUUAUACUUUGCGCUAGGAUUUGCCAAAUUUAUUAAAUUUAAAUUGUAUUUGCGUGAUAAACAAACUAUUUGGAACUAUCAACAAUGCCUGUUUCAUGUACUAUUGUAGGAUGUGGUGCACGAAAAAGUGAUAAUUUCAAAAAUCUUACAUUCCACCGAUUUCCAAGAAAUGAGAUUAAAAAAAAGAAGUGGCUAAAUAUAAUUGGAAGAGAGAACAUCAAGCGCAAUACGAAUCGUGCUCUCAUUUGCUCUCUUCAUUUUGAAGAAAAGGAUUUUAAUAAAACAUUAAAUGUUGUAAGACUGAGAGACGAUGUGCUGCCUUCUCUGUUAUUGCCAUCAAGCAAACCAGGGAGCAGAAACUCUCUGUUAAAACAAAUUGUUUUAUUGGAGAGUCAACAAAAGUCUACCAGUUGUGCAGCUGCGUCUGGUUUGUUCUGCAUGAUAUGCCUCGACACAGAAUGUAAACUGUAUAAACUGGACAAAUAUAACUUACAUACAGAUUUCAAAAUCUUGACUGGAAUUGAGCUCAAAGAUGAGGUGAGAUUUGUGCCACAAUUAUGCACAGAAUGUGCACAGAGGCUUACAAACUGUGCCAAAUUCAGAGACAAGAGCUUGAGGGCUUACCACUUGCUGGCACAGUUGGGAGAGAGGAGUGAAAUGCUAACAUUGCAGCAAAUAAAGACAAUCAACCGAAAACAUAAUGGGCUUAUGUCAAACAUCACGAAGAGAACUUUUGAUCCCAAUCAUUAUGAUCUUUGUGUGAUAGAAAACAAUGACCAUGUGCAAGAGAUAGACAUAAAAACUGAAGAUAAUGAAACAAAUAAUAUUUUAAAUGAUCUAGAUGAUCCAUUAACAGUGUUCGCUAAUGAUUUUACUAUUAAAACGGAAUUAAAUGAUGGGCUUAUUUUCGAAAAUGAUGAUAAUAUAGAUUUACUUGAUGAUUGUGGUACUUAUGUAACUGAGGACAAUGACAUAUUACUAGAUUUUGAUCAUCAAUAUCUAAAUUAUGAGAUCAAAUUAAAAAAAAGUGUUUUAAAUGAUGAAAACACAUUAACACAACUUUCUGAAGCUGUUAAAAAUGAAACUGAACUAAAUGAUGAUGAACUGCCUUAUGAUGAACUACCUUAUGAUGAUGGCAUGUAUGUAUUUGAUGAUUGUGAUAAUUAUGUUAAUUUUGUCAAAAGUAACGCCGAUAUGGAUAAUUCUAGAAGUAAAGUUUUAAGAACUGAAGUUAAUAAAAAUGUAGUUAAUAAUAAUAAAGUCAGUUUAAGCAAUUUAACACUAGUUGUAAACAGAGAUAAGAGUAACAUAAUAGAUGGAAGUAAUAAAAAUGAAAUUAUAUUUAAAAAUGGAUCACAAUUGAAUAGACAUCCAACAGUCAAUUCAUACAAAAUCAAUAAUCAAAUUAGAACAAAAAAAGCAUUUAAUAAUAAUGUAGACAAUACCAAAAAUCUAAGAAACGCUGUAAAAGAUAGAACUGAAAGUAUUAAAUCAAAAAAAUGGAAUUGCAGUAAAAAUAAAACAAUUAAAAAAUAUUUUGCAAAUGAUGCUGGUUUGAAAGAUGUUAGAACAGAUAGUAUAGAACCAAAAAAUCGGAAUUGCAGUAAAAAGAUAAAAGAUUUUGCAAAUUAUGCUAAUUUCAAAGAUAUUACAAAAUUAAUAAAAGAGAGAUUAGAGCGUCCUGCAAAGCAAACAGCACCAUUAUGUAAUUUGAAAAUGUUCGAAGUGACUGAGAUGAGUAAGGAGGAGCAGUUAGAAGAGAUUCAGAGAAGGAAAGAUACUAAGAAGUAUAGGAUAUGUCAGUACAAAUGUACUAUUUGUUACAAAGGCUUCGUGGACAGUGAAACUUUCAACAUACACAUGGACAAGCAUUCCGAUAAAUUUGGAAAAUUGGAAUGCAGCAUAUGUCGCAUACGUACGAUGGACAAAAACACUUUGGGCAAACAUAUGUAUUCGAAUCAUAGAUUCAGGUACAAAUGCUUGAAGUGCUCUUUCGUCACCAACCAAAAGAACACAGCUCUGACCCACGAGCUUUGGCACGAUGGCAAGCAGUACAAAUGUCCACAUUGCGGGAAAAUCUUCCAAAAGCUGACGACUUUUAAGAACCACGUACGCGUAAAGCACCCUUCAGACCACGUGUGCCACCAGUGCGGGUUCUCAUUUGUCGGUGAGCGCGGCCUGUCCCUUCACAUGAGCAGGAUGCACCGCGCGGCCGAUACUGAGGUCAGUACUUUGAGAACCACGAACGCAUAAAGCACCCUUCAGACCACGUGUGCCACCAGUGCGGGUUCUCAUUUGUCGGUGAGCGCGGCCUGUCCCUUCACAUGAGCAGGAUGCACCGCGCGGCCGAUACUGAGGUCAGUACUUUGAGAACCACGAACGCAUAAAGCACCCUUCAGACCACGUGUGCCACCAGUGCGGGUU